UGAGAGGGGAGUGGCAGGCGAGGAGAAGGAGGGACCGGUGGAAAAGUACUGGGAGGUGAAGUGGAUGAGAAUGAGGAGAGGGCAGACUGUGACAGGGAGUGGAUGAGAAAGUGCGAUGACAUAGAACAAGUGUUUUCAAGACAGCAAAGGAUUGGAAUACCCUGCCAGCCAGCAUCAGAGAUCUCCAAAACAUCAACACAUACAAAGAUGUAACUCCAAAGGCACCUCCAUCUCGACUAGUACAUCCACCACGGUCAUAGUGCUGAGUGAUGCCCUACUUACAGUUUUCCAGCGUACUAUAUCCAGAUCCAGAUCCAGAUAGUGUGAAUGAGCAAUCGCUGGCCGGUAUGGACUCGGUGGGCCGAAGGGCCUGUUUCCAUGCUGUAUCUCUAAACUAAACUCGUGUGAACGGGCGAUCGCUGGUCGGCAUGGACUUGGUGGGCCGAAGGGCCUGGGUCCUAUGCUGGACCCUUCAAUCCUCAGACCCCAUCACUGUUUGGAAACACUAACUGUGUCUCUCUCCACAGCCACCGAGGGUUUUCAACACCUUUGGAGACCAGCUGCAAUGUUGCAGCCAGGCCGGCUCCUGUGAGCAGCAGUGGAUUGUGGUCUGCUGGGGUAAAGGAGAUGUCGGGCCAGAUUUCGGAGCGACCCAGAGCACCACAGUCCGCUCAUCCGCGCGUAGCUCGAAGAUUAAACCAGCUACAGAAAUACUUAGAUGCGACUGGGCUUCAGAAGUGCAUGGAGGAUAUCAGUGCCCAGCUACUGAGGAGGACGGAGUUACCACCAAACCCGUAUCCGGGACUUCUCUGUCAGAUACAGCAGCAGGCAGAGAGGUUUCGCUUAACUAACUCCACGCCACCUGAAAGGAUCCUUUCCGAUCUGAGUUGGCCCACAUUUUCCACGGCGGUUGGAUACAUCUCAGGUGCCGGCCACACGUCCCGUGUGUGGGGACUACCCGCUGUCCUACGCUGCGUCUCCCCUGCUCACCUCCAGCAGUACCGCUGGCUGCUGGCAAACGCCACCCCUCCCAUUGCCAGCCUGCACCAGACCAGCGCACUCUCCGUCCAGGUAUUCUCUGGUCUCACAGGGCCGGGCAUCUUCACCGGAACCUUCUAUGACCUGCCUCCCGCUGUCGAUAUUCUCCUACAUUUUGUCAUCAUCGGGACAGACGUACAGAGAGCCGUGUCCCGCUUUGUGGAAUGUCUCCGCAAUGAUGUGAUUAGGACAAUCAAACAGCAACAUCACCUCGUCUUCAGGUAACUCCCAGAAACGGGAAUGGGAUUGGGAAUGUUGUGCAGUACGCACCUUGGACCAAUGGUCUAUUAUUAUCACAGGUACAGAAGUGCAAGGACAUUAUUUUUUUCAGUAAUACAGUUUAGUAAAGUAUUGCCGUACAUAAGCACAAAACCCGAUUAGUACAACG